UUUAGUGAAUUUUAAACGGUUAUUGUUGUCUUAGUUGAGCACACUAUUUCAACUUCUUUGCAAGAGCAAUUAUUAUCUGUUAUUCGUUGUCGUUCCAACAUAUACAUCCCAGAAUGUUUUCUGUAGAGCGAAAUCUUCGAGGACAUCAUGGAACAAUCACAUCUUUGGCAUUUAGCCCUAAUAUGAAGCAGCUAAUUUCUUGUAGCAAUGACAAGUCCAUUAUUCUAUGGGGACUUCAACAAAAAAUGAAAGCAUUUAGGUUUACCGGCCAUACAUCUUCUGUCAGUGAUGUUUGCUUUGCUCCAUCUGGAAAUCUAAUGGCAUCUUGCAGUCAAGAUGGUUCAUUAGCUGUUUGGAUUCCUAGUAUUACAGGUGAAAGCACCUUUUGGAAAGGUCACCAGGCUGCAGCACGUUCUGUAGCUUUUACACCAGAUGGGAGACAAAUUCUUUCGGCAUCUGAUGAUAAGACAAUCAAAUUGUGGACUGUGCAUAAAUCUAAGUUUGUAGCCUCGUUCAGUAGUCAUACAAAUUGGGUUCGUUGCACGCGGCCAUCUCCAGACGGAAACCAAAUGGUUUCAUGUGCCGACGACCGGACAAUCAAGUUAUGGGAUUUAAAAAGUGGUGAUUGCAUCCACACAUUCUAUGAACCUAAGGCUCAAGGCAACUAUGUUGAAUUUCAUCCUAGUGGAACAUGUAUUGGAACAGCUCUUGCUAAUGGAGUAGUAAAAAUCUAUGAAACCCGCAUGCGGAAGGUGCUUCAGUUGUAUGAAAUCCACAACGGCCCAGUGCACAGCUUAUCAUUCCAUCCAACGUCGGGCAACUACCUGAUUACAGGAUCACAGGAGGGAACAUUGAAAGUUUUGGAUCUGAUGGAAGGUCGCCCAAGUUAUACUCUUUAUGGGCCGAAAGGCGCAGUUCAUUCGGUGAAAUUCAGUCCAGAUGGUGACUAUUUCGCCACAGGAGGAGCGGACAAUGAAAUUCUAGUUUGGAAAGCCAAUUUUGCUCCAGUUCUAGAUGUCGCUGACAAUUCCAGCAAUAAGUCAUCUACCAAAACUAAAAUUCGCCCCUCCAUUGCUGGUGGACUUCAAGGUGUUGACGUAAAGAAAAUCGUGGCAUCUUCAGUGGCAGAAGAUAGGCAAGAUAUCGAAGAUGCGAGUGUUAACUCAAAAAGAUCGUCAAGCAUUGACGAGCUAGAAAUUAGUAAGAAAACUAUGGACAUGCAAAUUAGCGAUUCGCUUGAAAAAACAGGAAAUGUAAGCAAAACAGAAAGAGAGAAGCGGUUGGAGAUUAUUAUCGCGGAUCUAGUUUCCCAAGUUGAUGUCUUAACAAAUACGUUGUUAGCCCUUGAACAACGUGUUACAUUUAUUGAGGAUCAACAAAAAGAAAAUCUUGGCACAGGAAUAUUCUCCAAUGGGGAACAAGUCGGUGCGCCCUUGUAAUUUAAUAAUGUGAAAUCUAAAAAACUGUUGCAUUCCACCGGAUACAAUUUUGAUGAAAUCUCUUUUGCCAAGAGAAAAAAAAAAUGCCGCCUUCUCUUCAAAUUUUUUUUUUCGUCUUCUUCAAAAACGGUUCCGUUUUCAUUCCAUUGG